AUGGAAACACCGGCUGAACGUGGUGCUUUAAUUGUCGUCGAGGGCUUGGACAGGGCAGGCAAAUCCAGCCAGUGCGAGUCUCUACACAAAAGGCUUCAACACAAAGGCCGUGCAGUCAAAUAUGUUCGAUUUCCAGAUCGAACCACAGCCAUCGGGAAGAUGAUCGAUGGCUAUCUGCGGGGUCAGUCGCAGUUGGACGACCAUUCUAUCCAUCUUCUCUUCUCCGCAAACCGCUGGGAGCUGGCUCAAAGCAUCGAGCAAGAUAUUGCCAAUGGAGUCACCGUCAUUGUGGAUCGGUAUUCGUACUCUGGUGCUGUGUAUUCGGCCGCCAAGAUGAAUCCCACGCUGUCCCUGGAAUGGGCAUGGACGCCAGAGAUUGGACUGCCUCAGCCUGACCUGUGUUUGUUCCUGAGUAUCUCCCCGGAAGCAGCUGCUCAGCGUGGAGGGUUCGGUGCCGAACGCUAUGAGAAUGCGACCAUGCAGAACCGCGUGCGCGAGUUGUUUCAGACGAUCUUCCGCGUGCAACGGAGCGGGAAUAUCCGCACCAUCGAUGCGGGCAGGACAUUCGAGGAAGUGGCGCAGGAUGUUGAGACAAGCGUCAUCGACUGCAUUGCAGGCUUGGAUGCAAUUGGUCCUUUGAGGAAAUUUGAAUCGAUCACCCAUUGA